AGAGCGCCCAGGCCUUCACCUGGCAGUCCCAGCUGCGGCACCGCUGGGACGAAGAGAAGAGGCACUGCUUUGCCAACAUCUGCGACGCCCAGAUCCAGUACUGCUACGAGUAUCUGGGCAACACGCCGCGGCUGGUCAUCACCCCGCUCACUGACCGAUGCUACAUCACCCUGACCCAGUCCCUCCAUCUGAUCAUGGGCGGAGCCCCCGCGGGCCCCGCCGGGACUGGCAAGACAGAGACGACCAAGGACCUGGGCAGAGCCCUGGGCACCAUGGUGUACGUCUUCAACUGUUCCGAGCAAAUGGACUACAAGUCCUGUGGAAACAUCUACAAGGGCCUGGCCCAGACCGGAGCCUGGGGCUGCUUUGACGAAUUUAAUCGAAUCUCAGUGGAAGUCUUGUCUGUGAUUGCUGUGCAGGUAAAGUGUGUCCAAGAUGCAAUUCGGGCCAAGAAGAAAACGUUUAACUUCCUUGGAGAGAUGAUAAGUCUCAUUCCCACUGUGGGCAUCUUCAUCACCAUGAAUCCUGGCUACGCUGGACGCACUGAGUUGCCCGAGAACUUGAAGGCCUUAUUCAGGCCCUGCGCCAUGGUGGUCCCUGACUUUGAACUGAUAUGCGAGAUCAUGUUGGUGGCCGAGGGCUUUCUGGAGGCCCGUCUGCUGGCCAGGAAGUUCAUCACCCUCUACACCUUGUGCAAAGAGUUGCUGUCAAAGCAGGAUCAUUACGACUGGGGCUUGCGAGCCAUUAAGUCUGUGCUGGUGGUGGCCGGCUCCCUGAAGAGGGGGGACCCCAGCCGGGCAGAGGACCAGGUACUCAUGAGGGCACUGAGAGACUUCAACAUCCCCAAGAUCGUGACCGACGACCUGCCCGUGUUCAUGGGGCUGAUCGGGGACCUCUUCCCAGCUCUGGACGUGCCUCGGAAACGAGACCUGAAUUUUGAAAAGAUCAUCAAGCAGAGCAUCGUGGAACUCAAGCUGCAGGCGGAAGACAGCUUCGUGCUGAAAGUGGUGCAGCUGGAGGAGCUGCUGCAAGUGCGGCACUCAGUGUUUGUCAUCGGGAACGCGGGCAGUGGCAAGUCGCAGGUCCUCAAAUCCCUCAACAAGACCUACCAGAACCUGAAGAGGAAGCCGGUGGCCGUGGACCUGGACCCCAAGGCUGUCACCUGUGACGAGCUCUUUGGCAUCAUCAACCCAGCGACCAGGGAGUGGAAAGAUGGGCUCUUCUCCACCAUCAUGCGGGACCUGGCCAACAUCACCCACGAUGGCCCCAAGUGGAUCAUUCUUGAUGGGGACAUAGACCCUAUGUGGAUCGAGUCACUGAACACCGUCAUGGAUGACAACAAGGUCCUCACCCUCGCCAGCAACGAGCGUAUCCCCCUGAAUCGCACCAUGAGGUUGGUGUUUGAGAUCAGCCACCUGAGGACGGCCACCCCGGCCACGGUCUCCAGAGCCGGCAUACUUUACAUCAACCCGGCGGAUCUAGGCUGGAACCCGGUGGUGAGCAGCUGGAUCGAGAGGCGCAAGGUGCAGUCUGAAAAGGCCAACCUGAUGAUCCUCUUUGACAAGUACCUGCCCACGUGCCUGGACAAGUUGCGCUUCGGGUUUAAGAAGAUCACGCCGGUGCCCGAGAUCACGGUCAUCCAGAUGAUCCUGUACCUCCUCGAGUGCCUCCUCACGGAGAAGAACGCACCCCCCGACUCCCCCAAGGAGCUGUACGAGCUCUACUUCGUGUUUGCCUGCUCCUGGGCCUUCGGUGGCGCCAUGUUCCAGGACCAGCUUGUAGAUUAUCGAGUCGAAUUCAGCAAAUGGUGGAUCAAUGAAUUUAAAACCAUCAAGUUCCCCUCGCAGGGCACGAUUUUUGACUAUUACAUUGACCCUGACACUAAGAAGUUCCUGCCGUGGACAGACAGAGUGCCCGCCUUUGAGCUGGACCCUGACGUUCCGCUGCAGGCCUCUCUGGUCCACACCACAGAAACCAUCCGCAUCCGCUACUUCAUGGACUUGCUCAUGGGGCACUCGUGGCCGGUGAUGCUGGUGGGCAACGCUGGGACGGGCAAGUCGGUGCUGAUGGGGGACAAGCUGGAGAGCCUGAGCACAGACGACUACUUGGUGCAGGCCGUGCCCUUCAACUUCUACACGACCUCGGCCAUGCUGCAGGGGGUGCUGGAGAAGCCACUGGAGAAGAAAUCGGGGAGGAACUACGGGCCCCCUGGAACCAAGAAGCUGAUCUACUUCAUCGACGACAUGAACAUGCCCGAGGUGGACAAGUACGGGACUGUGGCACCACACACCCUCAUCCGACAGCACAUGGACCACGGGCACUGGUAUGACAGGCAGAAGCUGACGUUAAAGGACGUCCAUCACUGUCAGUAUGUGGCCUGCAUGAAUCCCACUUCCGGAUCCUUCACCAUAGACCCCAGGCUGCAGCGCCACUUCUGCGUGUUUGCCGUGAGCUUCCCCGGCCAGGAGGCCCUGACCACCAUCUACAACACUAUCCUCACGCAGCACCUGGCCUACCGCUCGGUCCCCAUGGGGAUUCAGAGGAUGAGCAGCCAGCUGGUGGCCUCCGCCCUGGCCUUGCAUCAGAAAAUCACAGCAACAUUUCUUCCCACGGCCAUUAAGUUUCAUUAUGUCUUCAACCUCAGGGACCUCUCUAACAUUUUCCAGGGACUCUUAUUUUCCACAGCAGAGAUUCUGAAAAUCCCGCUGGACCUUGUCCGCCUUUGGCUGCAUGAAGCUGAACGAGUGUAUGGUGACAAGAUGGUUGACGAAAAAGACCAGGACACGCUGCGUAGAAUCACCAUGGCUUCCACCAAGAAAUUCUUUGAGGAUCUGGGUGAUGAACUCUUAUUUGCCAAACCAAAUAUCUUCUGCCACUUUGCUCAAGGGAUUGGCGAUCCCAAAUACUUCUCUGUAACCGAUGUGGCCCAUCUGAACAAGCUCCUGGUGGAAGUCCUCGACAGUUACAAUGAAGUCAAUGCAGUCAUGAGUUUGGUGCUGUUUGAGGACGCGGUGGCUCACAUCUGCAGGAUUAACCGCAUCCUGGAGUCUCCCCGUGGGAACGCCCUGCUGGUGGGGGUGGGCGGCAGUGGCAAGCAGAGCCUCUCACGCCUGGCAGCGUACAUCAGCGCCCUGGAUGUGUUUCAGAUCACCCUGAAGAAGGGCUACGGGGUCCCCGACCUUAAGGUCGACCUGGCUGCUCAGUACAUCAAGUCUGCUGUGAAGAACGUGCCCUCGGUGUUCCUAAUGACAGACUCCCAGGUGGCCGAGGAGCAGUUCCUGGUGCUGAUCAAUGACCUGUUGGCCUCGGGGGAGAUCCCCGGGCUGUUUACAGACGAUGAGGUGGAGAACAUUAUUUCCUCCAUGCGAUCGCAAGUGAAGUCCCUCGGCAUGACCGACACGCGGGAAGUGUGUUGGAAAUUCUUCAUUGAAAAAGUGCGCAGACAGCUCAAGGUGAUUCUGUGUUUCUCCCCUGUGGGCUCCAUCCUGCGUGUGCGAGCAAGAAAAUUCCCUGCUGUGGUCAACUGCACGGCCAUCGACUGGUUCCACGAGUGGCCAGAGGACGCCCUGGUGUCCGUCAGCGCGCGCUUUCUGGAGGAAACUGAGGGGAUUCAGCCGGAGGUUAAAGCAUCCAUCAGUCUCUUCAUGUCGUAUGUGCACACCACCGUGAACGACAUGUCCAAGGUGUACCUGGCCAUUGAGAGGCGCUACAACUACACCACCCCCAAGAGCUUCCUGGAGCAGAUCAAGCUGUACCAGAACCUACUGGCCAAGAAGAGAAUGGAGCUGGUCGCCAAAAUUGAGAGGCUGGAGAACGGCCUGAUGAAGCUGCAGAGCACAGCUUCCCAGGUUGACGACCUCAAAGCCAAGCUGGCGGUCCAGGAGGCCGAGCUCAAGCAGAAGAAUGAGAACGCCGACAAGCUGAUCCAGGUGGUGGGCGUGGAGACCGAGAAGGUCAGCAAAGAGAAAGCGAUCGCCGACGAGGAGGAGGUCAAGGUCGAGGUCAUCAACAAGAAUGUCACUGAAAAACAAAAGGCUUGUGAGACGGAUCUAGCCAAAGCAGAACCGGCCCUGCUGGCCGCACAGGAAGCUCUCGACACUCUGAAUAAGAACAACCUGACAGAGCUGAAGUCCUUCGGGUCCCCCCCGGAUGCCGUGGUCAACGUCACCGCCGCCGUCAUGAUUCUGACCGCCCCCGGGGGCAAGAUCCCCAAGGACAAGAGCUGGAAGGCUGCAAAGAUCAUGAUGGGCAAAGUGGACACCUUCCUGGACUCCCUGAAGAAGUUCGACAAGGAGCACAUUCCCGAAGCCUGCUUGAAAGCAUUUAAGCCCUACCAAGGCAACCCGACGUUUGAUCCCGAGUUCAUCCGCUCCAAGUCCACGGCGGCCGCGGGCCUGUGCUCCUGGUGCAUCAACAUCGUCCGCUUCUACGAGGUCUACUGUGACGUGGCCCCCAAGAGGCAGGCCCUGGAGGAGGCUAAUGCAGAACUGGCAGAGGCGCAGGAGAAGCUGUCCCGGAUCAAAAACAAGAUCGCCGAACUCAACGCCAACCUGAGCAACCUCACGUCUGCAUUUGAAAAAGCGACAGCUGAGAAGAUCAAGUGCCAGCAAGAGGCAGAUGCCACCAACAGGGUGAUCUCGCUGGCAAACAGGCUGGUGGGAGGAUUAGCAUCGGAAAAUGUCCGCUGGGCUGAGUCGGUGAAGAACUUCAAAAGCCAAGGGGUCACGCUGUGUGGGGACGUGCUGCUGAUCUCUGCCUUUGUCUCCUACGUGGGCUACUUCACCAAGAAAUACCGAAAUGAGCUGAUGGAAAAAUUCUGGAUCCCUUAUAUAAAUCAGUUAAAGGUCCCCAUCCCAAUCACGGAAGGCUUGGAUCCCUUGAGUCUGCUGACGGAUGACGCAGACGUGGCCACUUGGAACAACCAGGGCCUCCCCAGCGACCGCAUGUCCACUGAGAACGCCACCAUCCUGUGCAACACGGAGCGCUGGCCCCUGAUCGUGGACGCCCAGCUUCAAGGCAUCAAGUGGAUCAAAAACAAAUACGGGAGUGAGCUGAAAGCCAUCCGUCUGGGGCAGAAGAGCUACCUGGACAUCAUCGAGCAGGCCAUUUCUGAAGGGGACACCUUGCUCAUCGAGAACAUUGGUGAAACCGUGGACCCUGUGCUGGAUCCUUUACUGGGCAGGAACACGAUUAAAAAGGGAAAGUUCAUUAGGAUCGGUGACAAGGAGGUGGAGUACCACCCCAAGUUCCGCCUGAUCCUGCACACCAAGUACUUCAACCCGCACUACAAGCCGGAGAUGCAGGCUCAGUGCACCCUGAUCAACUUCCUGGUCACCCGGGACGGACUCGAGGACCAACUCUUGGCUGCUGUGGUGGCCAAAGAGCGCCCGGACCUGGAGCAGCUGAAGGCGAACCUCACCAAGUCUCAAAAUGAAUUUAAGAUUGUUCUGAAAGAGCUGGAAGAUUCUCUCCUGGCCCGCCUGUCAGCCGCAUCGGGGAACUUUCUGGGAGAUACUACCCUGGUGGAGAAUCUGGAGACCACCAAACACAUGGCCAGUGAGAUCGAGGAGAAGGUGAAAGAGGCAAAAAUCACAGAAGUUAAAAUCAACGAGGCAAGAGAGAACUAUCGCCCGGCUGCAGAGAGGGCGUCUCUGCUGUACUUCAUACUGAACGACCUCAACAAAAUCAACCCCAUCUACCAGUUCUCGCUCAAGGCCUUCAACGUGGUGUUCGAGAAGGCCAUCCAGAAGACCACCCCUGCCGACGAGGUGAAGCAACGUGUGAUCAACCUGACGGAUGAGAUCACCUAUUCUGUCUACAUGUACACGGCCCGCGGGCUCUUCGAGCGAGACAAACUCAUCUUCCUGGCACAAGUUGCAUUUCAGGUCCUAUCCAUGAAGAAGGAGCUGAACCCAGUGGAGCUGGAUUUCCUCCUACGUUUCCCUUUUAAGGCCGGGGUCGUCUCGCCGGUGGACUUCCUGCAGAACCAGGGCUGGGGCGGGAUCAAGGCCCUCGCCGAGAUGGAUGAGUUCAAAAACCUGGACAGUGACAUUGAAGGAUCCGCCAAGCGAUGGAAAAAGCUUGUGGAGUCAGAGGCCCCAGAAAAGGAAAUCUUCCCCAAGGAGUGGAAGAACAAGACGGCCCUGCAGAAGCUCUGUAUGGUGCGGUGCAUGAGGCCGGACCGCAUGACCUACGCUGUCAGGAACUUUGUGGAGGAGAAGAUGGGCAGCAAGUUUGUGGAAGGCCGGAGCGUUGAAUUCUCUAAGUCCUACAAGGAGAGCAGCCCCUCCACUCCCAUCUUCUUCAUCCUUUCCCCGGGCGUGGACCCUUUGAAAGAUGUGGAAGCCCUGGGGAAAAAGCUGGGAUUUACCAUAGACAAUGGAAAACUCCAUAAUGUGUCCCUGGGGCAGGGACAAGAGGUGGUGGCCGAGAACGCCCUGGACGUGGCUGCAGAGAAUGGACACUGGGUCAUUCUGCAGAACAUCCACCUGGUGGCCCGCUGGCUGAGCACCCUGGACAAGAAGGUCGAGCGCUACAGCACAGGCAGCCACAGCGACUACCGCGUGUUCAUCAGCGCAGAGCCGGCCCCCAGUCCCGAGUCCCACAUCAUCCCCCAGGGCAUCCUGGAAAACGCCAUCAAGAUCACCAACGAGCCCCCCACGGGCAUGUACGCCAACCUGCACAAGGCCCUGGACCUCUUCACCCAGGACACCCUGGAGAUGUGCUCCAAAGAGGUGGAGUUCAAGUGCAUCCUCUUCGCCCUGUGUUACUUCCAUGCCGUGGUGGCCGAGAGGCGCAAGUUCGGUGCCCAGGGCUGGAACAGGUCAUACCCCUUCAACAACGGGGACCUCACCAUCUCCAUCAACGUGCUCUACAAUUACCUGGAGGCCAACACCAAGGUGCCCUGGGAUGAUCUCCGCUACCUUUUUGGUGAAAUCAUGUACGGCGGCCACAUCACGGACGACUGGGAUCGCCGGCUGUGCAGGACCUACCUGGCCGAGUACAUCCGGGCCGAGAUGCUGGAGGGAGAAAUCCUGCUGGCCCCGGGCUUUCUGAUCCCCCCCAACCUGGACUACAAGGGCUACCAUGAAUACAUCGACGAGAAUCUGCCCCCCGAGAGUCCCUAUCUGUAUGGCCUGCACCCCAACGCGGAGAUUGGCUUUCUGACAGUCACCUCAGAGAAGCUGUUCCGCACUGUCCUGGAAAUGCAGCCCAAGGAGACUGACUCGGGAGCAGGCACAGGAGUAUCUCGCGAGGAAAAGGUGAAGGCCGUGCUGGAUGACAUCCUCGAGAAGAUUCCGGAGGUGUUCAACAUGGCUGAGAUCAUGGCAAAGGCAGCUGAAAAGACUCCCUACGUGGUGGUCGCCUUUCAAGAAUGUGAAAGAAUGAACAUCCUAACCAACGAAAUGCGCCGUUCGCUAAAGGAGCUGAACUUGGGGCUGAAGGGGGAACUGACCAUCACGACUGACAUGGAAGACCUGUCCACAGCUCUGUUUUAUGACACCGUGCCCGACACAUGGGUAGCCCGGGCCUACCCCUCCAUGAUGGGCCUGGCGGCCUGGUAUGCUGACCUGCUGCUCCGCAUCAGGGAGCUCGAGGCCUGGACGACAGACUUUGCCCUGCCCACCACCGUGUGGCUGGCUGGGUUCUUCAACCCACAGUCCUUCCUCACGGCCAUCAUGCAGUCCACGGCCAGGAAGAGCGAGUGGCCCCUGGACAAGAUGUGUCUGUCUGUGGAAGUGACCAAGAAAAACCGGGAGGACGUGACAGCUCCCCCCCGGGAGGGCUCCUACGUGUACGGGCUCUUCAUGGAAGGAGCGCGCUGGGACACCCAGACUGGAGUCAUCGCCGAGGCGCGGCUGAAAGACCUGACGCCGGCCAUGCCUGUCAUCUUCAUCAAGGCCAUUCCUGUGGACCGCAUGGAGACCAAGAAUAUCUAUGAGUGUCCCGUGUACAAGACGCGCAUCCGCGGCCCCACCUACGUCUGGACCUUCAACCUGAAGACCAAGGAGAAGGCGGCCAGGUGGAUCCUGGCAGCCGUGGCGCUGCUCUUACAGGUUUAGCUUGCGCCUGGGUCCUGCCUCGAGCCCACGCUCCCCUGGGCCAGAUCAGCGGCCUAACCACAACUUAGAAUUUCCAAUGAGAAACUCAGCCUUAUGACAGCGGCUUCUUUUCAUUACAGGAACUGAGGGUUGCUUUUUGUUCUCUUACACAGUCAAGGUGCUUUGUAACCAAGCACAUCUGGACAAUCCAGGGGUGGAGGUUAGCAUGAAGAGGCAUUACACAUUAAAGCAGUUGGUGUCGCUUA